AUGAACGCCGCAAGCAUAAGAGUAAACGCAUCUACAGUCAAAGAUUUCCCAGGAAGAGUUGUGAGAGUCAUUGGGAAAGCCACCUCCGUUGACAACUAUUCUAACACCGCCACGCUAGACGCUGGCGGACCAAUCGAUGUUUCGACCCUCAGUUCAGAUCCGCUCGAGGUGGGAAAAAUCUACGAAGUUGUCGGAAAAUGUAACGUCAAUGAUUUAAAAGUUAGCUCAUACUCGGUGACUCAGUUGUCAGACAAUGUGAACUUAGAAAUGGCCGCCAAAUUGGCAAGCAUGGUGCCAAAGGUGAGUGAGUUGUUCUACUGA